AGCCCUGUCACGGGGGUGUGGCUGGGCAACUGUGCUCUUCAAUGACAGCAGGGAUGUUUUGCUAAUUGAGUGUUUGUGGCUUAUGAACUUGCAUGAACAUAUUAGGUUAUUGUACAUAGCAUCAGAAUAGCUGAGCCUGUUAAGGCGAUUUAGUGUAACGUUCCUAGCUAUCUGUUUCUUCUCUGUAGUUAACUUUUGUUUGUUUUGCAACUUGGCAGUUGCACAGAGCUAGCUAGCUAGUUAGGGCUAGCCAUGCGGCUAAUGUUAGCCUUUAGCAUGGCUAGUAGCUAACGCCUACGCCGACCACAGUCUUCUAACUUAAAUAAAGGGCACUUGAGUUUUAUCGACACAGGUAAUGACAAUGUCAGCAUAAAUUCUCUGUGGCCGAAGCUUUAGCUAUCACGCUGGGGAACUGACACUAUCGAUAGCGUUAGCUGUGGAUGUCUCUGCAGAUGAGUGGCCCUGAGAAGUGAUUCAGCUGGAUAAAUUGACAACAAUGUCCUGUAAAUCUACUAAAGUCGCCCCGAGUGUUGAUUUCGACCACAGUUGUUCCGACAGUGUGGAAUAUUUGACGCUCAAUUUUGGCCCGUUUGAGACUGUUCAUCGUUGGAGAAGACUUCCUCCAUGUGAUGAGUUUGUUGGUGCAAGGCGCAGCAAACACACUGUUGUGGCAUACAGGGAUGCCAUAUAUGUGUUUGGGGGAGACAAUGGGAAAAACAUGCUGAAUGACUUGCUCCGCUUUGAUGUGAAGGACUGCUCAUGGUGUCGAGCAUUCACAACUGGAACUCCACCUGCUCCCAGAUAUCAUCAUUCAGCUGUGGUCUAUGGCAGCAGCAUGUUUGUUUUUGGGGGCUACACUGGAGACAUCUACUCAAACUCAAACCUGAAAAACAAAAACGACCUUUUUGAAUACAAGUUUGCCACAGGGCAGUGGACUGAAUGGAAAGUGGAGGGGAGCUUGCCCGUGGCUAGAUCUGCACAUGGAGCCACAGUCUACAGUGAUAAAUUGUGGACUUUUGCUGGCUAUGAUGGGAAUGCCAGGCUGAAUGACAUGUGGACCAUUAGUCUGCAGGAUCGAGAACAUGCAUGUUGGGAAGAGAUUGAUCAGAGUGGUGAGAUUCCUCCAUCUUGCUGCAACUUCCCUGUGGCGGUAUGCAGGGAUAAGAUGUUUGUAUUUUCUGGUCAGAGUGGAGCCAAGAUCACAAAUAACCUCUUCCAGUUUGAGUUCAAGGGUCACAUUUGGACACGCAUCCCAACAGAACAUUUACUGCGGGGCUCCCCUCCACCCCCCCAGAGACGUUAUGGCCACACAAUGGUUGCCUUUGAUCGACACCUCUAUGUAUUUGGAGGUGCUGCUGACAACACUCUGCCCAACGAGCUGCACUGCUACGAUGUGGACUCUCAGACCUGGGAGGUGAUCCAGCCCAGCCUAGAUAGUGAGAUGCCCAGUGGGAGACUUUUCCAUGCCGCAGCUGUGAUUCAAGAUGCCAUGUACAUCUUUGGAGGGACUGUGGACAACAAUGUGCGCAGUGGGGAGAUGUACAGAUUCCAGUUCUCAAGCUAUCCAAAGUGUACUCUUCACGAGGACUACGGCAAACUGUGGGAGAACCGUCAGUUCUGUGAUGUGGAGUUUAUCCUGGGUGAGAGGGAGGAGAGGGUCAUGGGGCACAUUGCCAUUGUGACUGCAAGAUGUCGGUGGUUGCGGAAAAAAAUUCUGCAGGCUCGGGACAGGCAGCGGCAGACUAAACAGGAGAGCAGCGAGGAGAGCGAUGACGGGGCAGUUGGAGGCCUGAGAGAUAUCCCAUCAGGCAACAGGCCGUCGGGUACACAGCCAUUGUUAGAGGUUUCAAUCAGGGAAGCAGAGGCCCAGCCUUUUGAAGUCUUAAUGCAGUUCCUGUAUACGGACAAGAUCCAGUAUCCCCGCAGAGGUCAUGUCCAGGAUGUCCUCCUGAUCAUGGAUGUGUAUAAACUGGCCCUUAGUUUUAAGCUUUCACGCCUGGAGCAGUUGUGUGUGCAGUACAUUGAGGCAUCCGUGGACCUGCAGAACGUUCUCAGUGUUUGUGAAAAUGCCAACAAGCUACAGCUGGACCAGCUUAAGGAACAUUGCCUUAAUUUUGUGGUGAAGGAAUCACACUUCAACCAGGUGAUCAUGACGAAGGAAUUUGAACACCUGUCCACCCCUCUCAUAGUGGAGAUAGUACGGCGAAAGCAGCAUCCUCCUCCCAGGGUGUACUCAGACCAGCCUGUGGACAUCGGGACCUCCCUGGUGCAGGACAUGAAGGCUUACCUGGAGGGAGGCGGCUUGGAGUUCUGUGACAUUAUUCUGCUGCUAGACGGACACCCACGGCCCGCACAUAAAGCCAUACUGGCAGCCCGAUCCAGCUAUUUUGAGGCGAUGUUCCGCUCCUUCAUGCCAGAGGAUGGUCAGGUUAAUAUCUCGAUUGGUGAGAUGGUUCCAAGUAAGCAGGCCUUUGAAUCUAUGCUGCGUUACAUCUACUAUGGCGACGUCAACAUGCCUCCAGAAGAUUCGCUCUAUCUGUUUGCUGCACCGUACUACUACGGAUUUUCCAAUAACAGGCUGCAGGCUUACUGUAAGCAGAAUCUGGAGAUGAAUGUCACAGUGGAGAAUGUCUUGCAGAUCCUGGAGGCAGCAGAUAAGACCCAGGCACUGGACAUGAAGAAGCACUGCCUGCACAUUAUUGUCCACCAGUUCAUCAAGGUAUCCAAGCUCCCUAACCUGCGGUCUCUCAGCCAGCUGCUGCUGUUGGACAUCAUUGAAUCUCUAGCCACACACAUAUCAGACAAACAGUGUGCUGAGAUGGAUUCCGACAUUUAGGAUGACACCGAGAGCCAGGCUCUUUUCUCCUCUCACAGAAGCCAUACAUCUGUGCUCCACCUACUUCUAGACAUUCCCUCCUCCCGGACAUGCAGCACUUUUCUUUUUGUUGGACGUUGCAUGUCUUGACCCCCAUGCAGCUGAUACUUUUUAUUUAUGUAGAGCCAGAUUGUAAUUUUGUUUCUCACUCUGCAGCUCAGCGAGGAAUGAAAUCAGUGAAGAAACCAGAUUCUAGCUCAGUUGCAACUGUUGAAUAAUUUGAAAAAUCACUAUGAUUAAUUUCAUGUUUUCUGUACACAGAACUAAACUUUUGCAAAGUUUUAUUCUGCUCAGUGUUGCUUCAUUUGUAAUAGAGAUGCAGUAGACUAUAAUCAUUCAUACUUGUGGCACUAGAAAUGUUCAAAUGUCUCCUCAGAUCUUUUCUCUGUCCUCUCAGCAGAAGCGAAUUAAAGUAUAGUCCUAAAUAGAUUAAUUAUCUGAAUAAGUAUUUAUCACUUGAAUUAUUCCCUUCUCCGACACAGUUAAUAAACCUGGAUUAAAUGUCGUAAGAAAUCAAAUUCAUAUGAAAGUAAUGAGAAUGUCUGUCAGCCUUAAAACUGUUUUUGGUUGAUGUUCUUGUCAUUGGCACAUGUUUUAAUACUAAUCAGCUCUCACCAUUACCAGCAAGGUCUCUUUAGCUGUAUAGUCUGAUGCUAUUAAACAUUUACUCACAUGGGUUUCACAUAUUUAAAGCCUUAACAAAUAUUCCCAUACAGAAUGAAUCAUGUUUUACUUAAUCUCUGUGUCUCUUUGCUGUUUUUGUGUCCUUGUGUUCACUUUGCAUCUCUGUGUGGUCAUUUUGAGUCUUUCUAGAGUCACAUGACUUCUUAAGAAAUGUUAGUCAUUUCAAACAGAGGCCGAGUCCCCCAGACCCCUUGGGUCCCUGGGCCUGUUCCCAGCAGGCCCAUUCAGUAAUCCAUCAUGUCUCAAGCCCUGCCCUAACAUACAGUACUUUUAAACUGCCUUUAAAUCCUGCACUCAGCCAAGCAGAUCCUCAGUGCUGUAUCUACUUAAUCUAAACUAGUGAGGUGGGCAAGCCCACUGGUUUGAUAAUGCUAGGGCCCAUUGUCUUGUCUAAAUGUCAUUUCCC